AUGAUUGAUGAUGCGCAAUUAAUACCUAAUGAAGAAGUAAAUCCUACGACUAGUUAUACUCAGUCAUUAAAUAAUAUCGAUGAAAUAUCUACAACAACUUACGCUCCAUCAUUAAAUAACGAUGAAGUCAUGCCAACAGUUGGUAGUCAGAGAAAUUUCAGUGAUUAUGAUAUCAUACCUACAACUGAAGAUUUGUUGCAAAAUUUUACUGAAAUUGAUACUAACGUAUCAAUAGAUGAUAUUGAAACCACAACUGAAACUGGCCAAAGAUAA